AUGGCUACUUUCACAGACUAUGUGGUGCUCAUGACUCCGAUUCAACCUUUGAAACCGCCAUCCAAGGGCAAGUGCCCGCGAGUCAUUGAGAAAAUCAUCCUCCAACACCUUGCUUCGCUACAAAACCUGCCCACUCGGCUCUUCCCUGAUCACCACCACAUCAAGCGCACCAUGGUUGACGGGCUUGCCAGCGACGAGGCCCAAAUGAUCGCUCUCUUCCUCCAGGCCGUCUUCUACGGCGUAUAUGUGGUCACCUUCAUCCAAGCUCUCACCGGUAUCUUCUCGUCCAAGUCUCUGGGGUCGAAUCCUCGAUUGAAUAUCCACUGGCCGACUUUGGCGGUGACUAUGUUGCUCUUCUUCAACAGCACGCUCAAUCUCGUCCUGGGGCUCAUCCGCAUCAUGCAAGCGUAUAUCUAUAAUGUGAAGAGUUCCAAAGCGAUCGACCAGUUGGGUAUCGACUGGAUCAACAUAACGAAGCCAUUCAAUGUUUCCGUACAAAUUCUGUUGGCUGAUGGGAUGUUGGUAUACCGAUGCUGGGUGGUGUACAGCAAGUCCUGGAAGAUAAUCGUCUUUCCCAUACUUUUGUGGCUCCUUGGAAUCUCAUCAUGCAUUUGGUCCCUUUACGUUCAAACGCAACUCAACUCCGGUUCAAGGAUGACCUCCGACCUGUUGUAUCCGCUAUGGAUGGUGUUUUGGAUAUUCACGGUGUCUCUCAACGUCUAUGCUACAGUUAGCAUUGUUGUGCGGAUUUGGCAGAUCGGGCGCAUGAGCCCUAGUGCCAGGGAAGACCCCUCAACACCGCGAGCGAUAAUGUCCCUCCAGAAGCAAACACGAUCGAGGUUGCAAGCUGCUAUCAAAAUAAUCGUCGAGUCUGGUCUCAUUUACACGGCCACCUCCGUGACUGCACUGGCAAGUCAUGUGUCCAAGAGCCAUUCUAUAUAUAUAACAUCUGCGGCUGACAUUAUGGCCAUCGGGAUUGCAUUCAACCUCAUCAUCAUCAGAAUUGCUAUAGAAAGAUCGCGGGAGCACGCUGCUUGGUCAAGAGGUCCUGUUUCAACACUGAAAUUCGGAGAGACACUUCCGCCUAUGCCGACUAGAGAUAGUACGCAGGAGGAUAGCAGGCACGGUAGCGACUUCACAGAGUCGAAGGACGUGGUUUGA